AUGCUACGCAAGGCAAUCGUCUUACAGUCCUCCAGUCCAGUCCUAUACAAAUUCCAGAAACUAGCCCAAAGUCAACCGCCAUCCUCGUCUGUGCCACAACCACAACCGCAGAAAUACCGUGACGACAGUCAAAGGAUGCGAAACAAGGAUGAAAAUGCUUCCAAGAAGCUUUGCCUAUUGGCCCACGAUGGAUUCCAACAUAGAAAAACUCGUCAAGAACUGCCCAUGAUAUGCAUCCGUGGCAAAGGAUCCGAUCAAAGCCGAGCUAUGUUCAUGGCCAAAACCACACUCGCCGUGGACUUGAUUGAGUUCAUGCUGCGAAAGGACGAUACUAUCUAA